UUGGCUCUGAGCUGCAUGGCAAGCUGUAUUUCUGCCUGCUUUUCCUCGUUUCCCACCUAGCUGCGUGGCUGCGUUUGUGGGCUGCCAGCAGUUUGCUCUGGGCAGGAUUUAACAGGGGAGAAGGAGGAGUUGGGACUACACUUCCCAAGAGGCUCCGCUGUGGCUGUGCCUUCCUUCGGUGGUUUUAUCAAGAGCUGGAGGGACCAACGGCUUGCUCUCCCUGGGGACAAGCAGCCAUGGGGCCGAGGUGCGGGAUGAGGACCGCCAAGUGCCAGCUGAUGGCCACCAGCCUCUGCAUCAUGCUGCUGGGGCUGUCCAUCGCCACACUGAGCACAGUUACCCACUACGGGCUGCGUUUCACCAUCAUCAGCGACAUCUCCCCCGAGAGCAACUCCUACCGGGUCAUCCACCAUGCAGCUUUCUACGUUGGCAUCUGCCUCAGCAUGACCCUGAUCCUCGCAGCCCUGCUGAGCUCGGCCGCCACGGUGCGGGAGUCACAGUGCCUCACAGCGACGGGGUUUUUCUGCUUUGCUCUGGCCUUCUGCGGGCUGAUACCAGCUGCCUACUGGAGAUACACACGCAGCACAGAGGUGGAAGACAGCAUGAUGGACGUGUACGACCUUGUGUACGAGGAGGUGAGGAGGAACGUCUCCACCUUCAGGAAGCACGAGCUGACUGCCAUCCACGAAGCAUUCCUGUGCUGUGGGAAGCACUCCCCAUUCGGAGACACAGCUGCCGUUGAGCACAGGACAUGUCCUCCCGGCCAGGCACAGGCUGCCGGACAGGACUGCCUACAAGAGAUCCAGGGCUUCCUGAAGAAGCACAUGGAUCUUGUCUCCACGCUCCUGGGCAUCACCAUCUGCUUCACGGUUUAUGGGAUGGUUCUGACUUCAUUCCUCUGGUUCUCCAUCCACUUCAGCAACAACCUGGACCGGAAAGGCAAAUACAUCCUGCGGGCAAGGUAGAAACUCGUCUCCUGGGCUUCUCUACCAGGCAGAGCAAGCUCUUGAUGCAGGAAGACGCCUCAAGACUUCCCCAGAAUCCCCUGGGAAGGCACUGCAUGGGGACAGGUGGAGGGAUGAGUGUCACCACUGCUCAUGUUGCACAUUCCCCUUCCUGCAUCGCUCACCCUCGUUCGUUCCCGAGCUGAUCAGCCCGGGUGAUGCUCUGUGGAAGGGCACCUUCACCGAAAAUGGAUGAGGACCAAGGCGCACCUGGGCUCGGAGAUGUAGAUCACCUCGUCGGGUGCAGUGCAGGUUGUAGCUCCACAACAGGACACACACAGUCCCUUUGGAUACAUCCAGAAAAGAAAGCCCAGCCAGAAUCACAGUGCUAAACCAAACUUUUAUUGCACUGUUCUGUGUGACCCCAAAAGAUGUGACAUUUCUAGGGUGAUAGCUUUGGACCGUAGCCUGGGACUGGUUCGCUAUCAGCAAAUACAUGGACACAGAGUGUGGCACUGCUGAAGGGAAAUGUGCUCUCCUAACUGGAACACUGCUAAUUAUUGACUUUGAGCAGGUUUGAGUUAUCUCUGGAGUAUGUAGGUAUCCAACCACCACUGAUUCUUUUUUCCCUAUAUUAAAGCAUUGUUGGAGCUUGUGGUGGAAAUUAGGGGGAAAAAAAAUAGUGCCAGUUUUUUGAAACAACCAGCCAGAAUAAGGACACAUCCCUCUGUUACUCCCCUUUUUGAUGUGAUAUGCAUAAUUUUUAAAAUUGUUAGGAUUUGGUCAACCUCCUAGGUGCUGCACUGAUUCCAUACCGGCACAUUCAACCACACUGCCGUAACUUUGUUUUUCUCUAGCUUCACUGACCUACCACACUGCUGUGAAAUACAAAAAGGCUUUGAUAUUAAACAUAUACAGGGCUAGUGUUUAAAUCUGAGAGAAGCGGACUGAUCCCCAGCCAGGUCAAAAAAGACAAUGUCCACUUCCUCUUUACAUCUCCUUAUCAACAAUAAGCAGAAAUUUGAAAAGCCUUAACCAGCUGAAGAUCUCAGCUUCUCAGCCUUGCUAAAAUGAUGGCUUCCCGGUGUGCUUUGCCCUCAUUGCAAGGAGACAGAGCUGCUUCUGAGCUGAAAACCAUCACUGCAAUAGAUUUAGCUGGAAAAUCUGCUGUGAACUGUGGCUAUGGAAAAUGUCUGUUUGAACCAACACCAGCUUUCAGCCCUCUCCUUCAUUGUGGCUUUUAGCCACAAAAAAGAGUAAGUGGCAAUUGGGAUGGUCUUGAUUGAAUAAAAUGUGAUAAUCUCAAUGAGACAAAAGAGGAAAGCCCCAUGCUGAUAUUCAGGACUGCUACACACGUGAAAACAGCAGUGCAGCCUACAGCAUCUUCCCUUGCCUGGUUAGCCUUCUAGCAUGGUUGCAAAUAUCUUGCAGUGGAAGGAAAGGCUUUGAGGGAGGAGAGCUGUCACUCCUAAUACUGCUCCCUUGGCGUGAGCAGAGCUUCACUGCUGACUUUGAAAGCAGGAUCAAGUUCAAGGUGAUCCAAAGUAUCACCAGCUAUCUCCUGACAGUCACCAACACACCUUGGUCUAGUAGGGAUUUAGAGGUAAUAAGCUUCCCUUAGCAGCUGCACAUGCAAGCAUAGUCACUUGGUAGCAGUGGGAAACAAUUCGGAUACAUGCGUGUGUGCAUACAACAUGUUUUCUGAAGUGCAUCGCUCUCCAGAGAAAGACAAUCUCCAUUGUGAGCUCUGGCUCUUAUUGUCCAAGUUACUGCUGCUGUCAUUCCUCAGGCCAGCUGGCAGUUCACGUGACUCCUGGAAAGGAAAUUCUUG